AAAUAAGUAAGGGGUUUUGGAUGCAAAGAAGCAAAGCAAAAAUCCAAUGGAGUGCUCGCACGACCACAAGGUCAGCAAAGAGGAGGUGAUCGCCAAGCUCAAGGACGACGGAGACUUCGACAGGCUCCGCCGCAGCAUCAUCCUCAAGCUAAAAAACAAUGAAGAAUUGCGAGAAAAUAUUGCUUCUAUUGUGAAGCAAUCGGCCACGCUUAAUCGUGAAGGUGCUGAGAAUAUGAAACCCAGACAGCUUUCCGAUGACAUUUAUCAGGAGGUUGGGGAUCAAGUAAUGAGCCACGUAUCUGAUGGGUUGUGGGGUAUAAUCAGAUCAAGUGAUGGCAUGAAAAGUGAAAUAGCAGAAACUGUUCAAUCCGUCUACAAUAAAUUGACUAACCCAAAUGGGGAAGCUGAGGGUGAACCCUCCACUCGUGAUGUUCCAGUUCAAUACAAAGUUGACAGUAAUGGCUUAGUUGUUGCUGUCGCCAGUGAAAUUGAUGAUAAGUUGUCUGACAAUGAGCCAAAAAUACCACCGGGAUUUUGUUUUUCUGGCAAUUAUCAGAAAAAUGAUAAUGAUGCGUUACAACUACCUCUACCUCAUGUUAAAGGAGCCAUUGAAGAAUGGAAGGGAAGUUCACACCAGUUACAAGAUAGGAUGGAUGAUUCUGUUGAUAACAGAAUGGCACCUGGCAUUUCUACAGACAUGGAGCACAAGCAGGCAUGUGAUGGUAGUGAUGAGGACCCUGAUGUGCCUCCAGGUUUUGGUUGAUGAGUUUUCAUGCAUUUCAGUUUUCACCGUUACUAUUUAAACAUCAAAUUCAGAGACAAUGCAGUCGAGGUUCAAUCUAUGGUAACUGCUUAAUGAAUCUUAUAUUGAGUCCCUACAAUGGGAAAGUUUCUCUGCAAUUCCCUUGGUAGAAUGCUUGACAUUGUAUUGCAUGUGGGCAUCUGCCUCCUGGGUAUUUAGUGUAUUCACAAGUAUUAGCUUCCUUAGAUGUAGACCUGAUGACUCGAUGUGUGAGUUAACAGGAAAUCUAAUGUUUAUCAUUCUUGAGCUAGGAUUCUUCUCAUUUCCUA